AUGGCGCAACUCGUUCUCACCCCCGCAGACAAAGGGGAAGUUGACUGGAUCUGUCUAGACCAAGAAGGACUUGGGCCAGUAUCGCAUCUUCGCGAACUUGAUUUUACUCCAUGCUUCGAGCAGCUUUCUGGAUCGGGUAUGCUUGUUAUUUUCGGCCUCGUGGCGGGUGCAAGGUGUGCGCAAUUGGUCAGACGUCAAGAGAGGCAUGAGACCAGCGAGGGAGCGAGGCUUUUAUGGGCCAAGCUGCUUGUCGGUGCUUUGCCGCUUGUAGGAUUAUCCUCUGCGCACUUGAUCCUAACGGUAAUCCAGCACCAUGGUUCCGUUAUCUCCGCGCCUGUAAUAGACGCAGUCGUUACGCUGAUAUCGUCCCUUUUUGUCGGUGUCCUUACUUACUAUAAUCACACGCGUACUCGACGUUCUUCGACCAUCCUCCUUACUCUCUGGCCGUUUUAUUUAUUGGAACAAGCCGUUGCUAUUCGAACACAGGUUCUACUCCACCGGUCUCCCAGCGCCUUGUUCGCGAUACAAUGUGCUCUUCUCGGCGUGGGGGUGGUUUCUUGGACACUGGAAUGUUUUUGUCCCGAUCGCGUGAAGCAGGACCCGGACGCCGAGCCCGAAGACAAAGAGCUCCCAUAUGAACGAGCAAACGUAUACAGCCGGCUUACUUUUGGUUGGAUGACGCCUCUAAUGAAGCUCGGCUAUAGUCGCUUCAUCUCAGAAAAAGACAUGUCUGCGCUUUCUCCCACCGACACUGCGCAUUCUCUGUCGGACCGACUGCAACAACAGUGGUCGAAGCAGCUUGAGUCUAAAUCUCCGUCGCUCUGGGGUGCCUUGACUCGGGCUUAUGGUGGUCAAUACGCGAUUGCCGCUGUGAUCAAAGUCGUUAGGGAUAUUCUAUCUUUUGCAGAGCCCCAGCUUUUGAGGUUCCUUCUAGCAUUCAUUGCUCAGUACCAAGCAGGAAAGACGGAGAGCUCUUUUGUUGGCUGGGCUAUUGCCGCAGCGAUGUUUGUGCUCAGUGUUGUCCAAACUGCGAUGUUGCACCAAUACUUCCAAAUCUGUUUCGUCACGGGUAUGCGGGUGCGGGCAGGAUUAGUGACUGCUAUCUAUAACAAAGCCCUGGCACAGGCGCCGGACUCCCAGGGUGCACGCGGUGACGUGGUCAACUUGAUGAGCGUGGAUGCUACGCGUCUUCAAGACUUGUGUACAUAUGGACUCAUCGCAUUGAGCGGUCCCCUGCAGGCGAGUUGUCGCGUGGCUGGAUUAAUCACUCUUGCUUUUGUUUCUCUGUACAACUUGCUUGGCUGGCCGGCAUUUGUUGGAGUGGCGAUCAUGAUCGUGUCUCUGCCGCUCAACACGUUUAUCGCGCGAGUUUUGAAAAACAUGCAAUCAGAGCAAAUGAAGAAUCGCGAUAAGCGCACGAGGCUCAUGUCCGAGCUGUUGAACAACAUCAAAAGCAUCAAGCUGUACGCUUGGGAGGACUCGUUCAUUCGGCGCGUGCUUACUGUCCGGAAUGAGCAAGAACUCAAGAUGCUUCGAAAGAUCGGCGUAACGACGGCCGUGAGCACGACCCUUUGGGCCGGUAUUCCGCUUCUCGUGGCCUUUGGAUCGUUCGCUACGGCAGCUUAUACUGGCGAACGGCCACUCACUGCCGAUGUGAUCUUCCCGUGCAUCGCGCUUUUCAACUUGUUGCAGUUCCCUCUUGCUAUGUUUGCAAGCAUCACUAGCCAACUUGUGGAAGCCGCCGUCGCAGUCACUCGUAUCCGGAAGUUCCUUUUAUCAGAAGAGCUACAGAAUGAUGCCAGGAUCGUUGAUCUCAGAGAGGUUGCCGAGGGUGAUACGGUCUUGGAAGUCAAGGGGGCGGAUUUCAAGUGGUCGAGAACGGCAGAGGUGCCCACUUUGGAGCAAAUCGACUUGACUGUGCGCAAAGGGGAGUUGAUCGGUGUGUUGGGCCGAGUCGGGUCCGGCAAGACCAGUUUGUUGUCCGCUGUCGUGGGCGAAAUGAUUCGUGAGGAUGGAGUUGUCAAGAUCAAUGGAAGGAUUGCGUAUGCUCCUCAGAAUCCUUGGAUAAUGAACGCUACGAUUCGGGAAAAUAUCCUGUUCUCGCACCGCUAUGACGAAGAAUUUUAUAACCUGGUCUUGGAUGCCUGCGCCCUGCGUCCCGAUCUCGCGCUCUUCAACGACGGAGAUUUGACCGAAGUCGGUGAAAAAGGCAUUACGCUCAGUGGAGGACAACGUGCUCGUAUUUCGCUCGCUCGAACCGUUUAUGCUCGUGCGGACCUGUAUCUCCUGGAUGACCCUUUGGCUGCGGUUGACGCCCAUGUUGCUCGUCACGUAUUUGACCGGGUCAUUGGACCGAAUGGGCUCUUGGCCGGCAAAGCUCGCCUCCAUGUCACUAACAGUGUCGCGUAUCUCGACCAGCACGACUCUAUCAUGAUGAUCCGUCGAGGAAUUAUCUUGGAGACGGGAACCUACACUGAAAUCGUCGCAGACCCCAGCAAGGAACUUGCCAAAUUGAUUGCCAACCACAAGAAAGGAAACAGCAGUGCUGGCGCGAGUCGUGCCCAGUCUGGCACAGCCACACCUGUCAACCCUCCUGACGAGCUCCAACAAAGUACUAGCGCAUCUGGUACCACCCUCGCGGCUUCAAUUCCCACUCCCACCAAGGAAAAGGCAUUUGCUAAAUCGCAAAGACGACCUUCGGUAUUAUCCAUUCGUUCCCAGCAGAGAUUACGCGCACAGCUACACGCUGAAGCCGGCACGGAUCAGAAACUUGAGCAUCGCGAGCAAGGCAAUGUCAAAUUGAGUGUUUACAAGCGCUAUUUCGAGGCUUCUAGCAAGCUUGGCGUGCUCGCUUAUAUCCUUUGCAUGAUCGCGCAGCAAGGAUGCUCGAUUCUGUCCAACGUCGCUCUGAAGAUGUGGGGCAAUCAUAACCAGGACGCUGGUGGCAACUCGAGCGUCGGCUAUUUCCUCGUAUUGUACGGCUCGCUGGCUCUCGCAUCCGCGCUUUUCUCGUUUGUUGCCUCGGUUUUGCAAUGGGUGUUCUGUGCUAUCAAGAGCGCUAGGAGUCUUCAUGAUGCGAUGCUCCUGGCUGUAGUCCGGGCGCCUCUCUCGUUUUUCGAGCAGACACCCAUGGGACGAAUUAUGAAUUUGUUCUCCAGGGAUCAGUAUGUCAUUGACGAGGUAUUGGUUCGCGUCCUUGGAUCGUUCUUUAGAACUAUGCUAGUUGUCUCUGGCAUUGUUGUGGUAGUCGGAGGAACUUUCCCUUGGUUCCUAUUAACUCUCAUUCCCCUGGGAUAUCUCUACCGCCUCAUUAUGCUCUACUACCUCGCAACAUCUCGUGAGCUUAAGCGCCUUGAUGCGGUGUCCAAAUCCCCAAUUUUCGCCUGGUUCCAGGAAAGCUUGGGUGGCCUAUCUACAAUUCGUGCUUUCAGUCAACAAGCUGUUUUUAUGGCUCAGAACGAAGCGAAACUAGAUCGUAACCAAAUGGUCUAUCUCCCGGCUGUUUCAGUUAAUCGCUGGUUGGCUGUUCGCCUCGAACUCCUGGGUUCGCUUAUUGUGCUCGCUGCUGCCAUCUUCUCCCUCGUCGCGCUCGUUACUACCGGAGUCGAUGCUGGACUGGUUGGACUUGUCUUGUCAUAUGGGUUAUCUACAACUCAGAGUUUGAACUGGGUUGUGAGGUCUGCCAGCGAAGUCGAACAAAAUCUUGUAUCGGUGGAGCGUGUUGUCAAUUACAUCAACUUGGAACCUGAAGCACCACUAGAAAUUCCCGAUGCAGCACUCCCAGCGGACUGGCCUAGGAACGGUGAUAUUGAAUUCAAGCACUAUUGCAUGCGGUAUCGCCCCGAACUGCCUCUUGUUCUCAAAAACCUGACAAUGAGCAUUCGCUCCGGUGAAAACAUUGGUGUCGUUGGUCGUACUGGCGCCGGAAAGAGUUCUUUGUUCCUCAGUUUGCUGCGUAUUCUGGAGCCUGCUUCAGGGACGAUAUGUAUCGAUGGGGUGGACAUCACCAAGAUUGGGUUACACGACUUACGACGAGCAAUCAGUAUUAUUCCCCAAGAGCCUCAGCUUUUUGAAGGCACUAUUAGGGAGAACGUGGAUCCAACCGAUGAGUACGACGAUAACAAGAUUUGGGUGGCACUGGAGCAUGCACACUUGAAAGAAUACGUAUUAGCUCAGGGUGGACUGGAUGCAAUCGUAAAAGAAGGUGGAUCCUCGAUGAGCAGCGGCCAACGGCAACUUGUCUGCUUUGCCCGUGCCCUUCUUCGAAACACCAAAAUCCUGAUUCUAGACGAAGCUACGUCAGCGGUGGACCUUGAAACCGAUAAGGCCAUUCAGGAGAUCAUUCGAGGACCUUUGUUCAAGGGUGUGACUACUCUCACAAUUGCGCACCGUUUGCAUACUGUCAUAGAGUCGGACCGCAUACUAGUAUUGGAGGCCGGAAGCGUUGCCGAACUGGACACGCCCGAGGUGUUGCUGAAGAACGAGUCUUCUUUGUUUUACGGAUUGGCUGCAGAAGCAGGUCUGCUCUCAAAAUCCACUUGA